AUGUCAUCUCGAGGCGUCCAAGACGGGGCUCGGUCCCCGCUCAUCAUCACCGACUCGUUUUUUGAUGACGGAGGUAGUGAGAGCCCAACAAGUGCAGUAGGGGCGGAGGCACCCCGGGAGCUUCCAAAUGAAUUGUCGGCGCCCUACGAGGUCCCACAGUUCCCUAUUGAACAGAUUGAGAAGAAGCUGCUAAUACAGCGUCAGCUCAAUGUCAAGGCUGCAGAAUGUGGGCAGUCAGCUCGCUCGUUCGCGGGUAGCGAGGCUGGCGGAGCGGUGUUUGAAGAAGCCGCCCGUCUAAGAGCUGAUGAUGAUGACUUGGACGUCAUACUUCCUCACUUUCAACGAGUGGCCAUCAGCGGAGAAGAUACCUCCGGGGUCCCGCUAGAAGACUUGCAGCAAGCCUCCUCUUAUCUGGUGCAAGCUUUAGACAUCCGCAAGCGAUACAUGGAUAUCUCCAACCAGACCUUCUGCAGCAUCACGGCUCGAUUCCUUAGAUCAAUAGACCCAGAAGCGGAAGCCAACCAUACGCCGAUUGUUAAAGCACCUCAAAGACAUAUAGCUGAUCACAUAGUCCACCCCCCAUUCAAAGACAACAAAGACCCGUGGGAAUGUCCAAUGCCGGAACCUAAAAACUAUAAAAUCAAGUCGGAUGGCGGAGUCUUCAAUCUGUACAGAGACGAGGAGUGCAAAGACAGAGUGCCGUACGAGUACGUCACCCUGACCCAGUAUAUACAGGACAUGAAUGUCAUGUGCACGAUGAUCGCUGAUGGACCAUUGAAAUCUUUCUGCUACCGUCGCCUGAGUUACCUAUCAUCCAAGUUCCAGUUACACGUACUUCUCAAUGAGUUACGUGAACUCGCGUCACAAAAGGCCGUUCCGCACCGGGACUUUUACAAUAUUCGCAAAGUAGACACACACAUACACGCGGCAUCGUGUAUGAAUCAGAAGCACUUACUUCGAUUUAUUAAAAAGACGCUGAAAAAUCAUGCUGACGAGGUGGUGACACUCCACAAAGGCACCCCGAUGACCUUAAAGGCUGUUUUCCAAUCAAUGAAUCUUAGCACAUACGAUCUUACCGUCGACAUGCUCGACGUACACGCAGACCGCAACACGUUUCACCGAUUUGACAAGUUCAACGCCAAAUACAAUCCUAUCGGAGAAAGUAGACUUAGAGAAGUCUUCCUCAAAACUGACAAUUUCAUGAAUGGAAAAUAUUUCGCUAGGAUAAUUAACGAAGUAGCAGCAGACUUAGAAGAGAGUAAAUACCAGAAUGCAGAGCUCCGUCUGUCCAUAUACGGGAAGAGUCCCACAGAAUGGGCCAAGUUGGCCAAAUGGGCGAUACAGUAUGACGUACACUCCAAUAAUGUUCGCUGGCUGAUACAAAUACCACGGUUAUAUGAUAUUUUCAAAUCAAACAAGAUCAUGAACAACUUCCAAGAAUUCUUGAGUAACAUUUUCGAGCCUCUCUUUGAAGUGACCAAAGAUCCCAAUAGCAAUAUUGAGCUUCACAAAUUUCUUACGCACGUAGUCGGAUUCGAUAGCGUGGACGAUGAAUCGAAACCGGAAAAUCCGAUGUUGGACGUGGACGUCCGUGUACCCGCGCAGUGGGACGACGAGGAGAACCCGCCCUACGCCUACUACCUUUACUAUAUGUACGCUAAUAUCACCGUGCUGAAUCACUUUAGGAAGGAACAAGGUCUAAACACAUUUGUGUUACGACCGCACUGUGGUGAAGCCGGUCCAGUACAACAUCUCGUAUGUGGGUUCAUGCUUGCUGAGAACAUCUCGCACGGAUUGCUUUUGAGGAAGGUGCCAGUCCUGCAAUACCUGUACUACUUAGCCCAGAUCUACAUCGCAAUGUCACCUCUGAGUAACAACUCCCUCUUUCUCAAUUACCAUCGCAAUCCGCUUCCGGAGUUCCUGGCACGAGGUCUUUGCAUCACACUCAGUACUGAUGACCCGCUGCAGUUCCACUUCACCAAGGAGCCCCUAAUGGAGGAAUACAGCAUUGCGGCGCAGGUGUGGAAGCUCAGCUCGUGUGACAUGUGUGAGCUCGCACGGAACUCGGUGCUCAUGUCGGGCUUCCCACACGAGAUGAAACAAUACUGGCUCGGUCCCACCUACACGAAGGAGGGUGUGGCCGCAAACGAUAUAACUCGCACUAACGUACCGGAUAUACGUAUCUCCUUCCGAUAUGAGACUAUACUCGACGAACUAACCAAUAUAUUCAAGGCGAGGCAGGCUUUCCACGAGCCCAAUGGAGUUCCAGAACCUUCCACUUCCGCCUCUUGA